CCUUCUUCCAAAAUGCAUAUUCAAUCUUCUUGUUCCUUUUUGUUGAUUUUUCUCUUUACAGAAAAAAGUUUUUCUAAUGAAUCUCCUCCAGUUUGCUCAACAGAAAGUUGUCCCUCGUCCUCUCAUUCACCAGGUGAAAACUCUCAUUUAUUUUUCUCUUCAGCACACUCUUUAGCAUCAGUUAAACUCUGCCUCCUCCUCCAAUGUUCCUGCAACAACGAAACAGAAAUACCCUUCCAUGUAUUGCAAGACAUUGUAACAGAGACAGACAGAAACUUUACGUUGAAAGUAGUUUUCUAUGUUGACCAAGACAAUGCAGCAGUCGAUAAUCAAAUCAAAGAUAGGUGUGGUCAAUUGUGUGAGAAUGCCACACCCAAAAAAACAUCAAAUCUUGAAAGUCUCUUAUAUACGACACUUGAUUUGAUACGAUCAGAGAAAGAGUGGGUGGAGUUUUGGUCUACUAACGAGCUACACGUUAUAAGUAUAUCACCUCGUUAUGAUAGUAACCCUCGGCACUUUUCAAAAGAAAGAUACCAUCCACUUAUAACGUCAAUUUUAGAAGAGGCGUCUAUUAGGCAAACAUCUUUACACUUUCUUGUAGAACCUAAAGGUCAAAUGAAAUACUUAGGCGACCCAUUGCAAUCAGUGACAUACAAAGAUCAUACUCAUUUCAAUAAAGGUUUAACUCUAGCUAGUCUUAUCUCUUCCGGACAAGGAGAAAGCAUUCAAGCGCAUUUUCUAUCAGCUGGACUUUACUGUUCACUAGCUCGAUACAAUCCCAGAACAUUGUCCACCAUUAUUAACUCCAGCCCAUUCUUUUGGGGUACUCUACCAUUUAAUGUGCAAUAUCAAGAUAAGUGUGAAGGUAAUGAAUGCUUUUCUCAUUAUUGCUCACCAAUCCAUGGCUGCAUCAAGGAGAGUAGUAGUGAAAGAAACUCCGUUGAAAUGAACAAAGUCUCUCUAGCUGAAGUUGAGUUUGUAACUAGUCAUGCUGAUAUUAUCAACCAAUGGAGUAGCUCUACAUCGUCUCUCAGUAAAACAGAGACACUCUCUAUUCUAGAACCUUCUUCAUCAGCACCUUUUCCAUUAGACAGGGUUGUGACUGGUCGUCCAAAAAGAGUACAAUGGACGUCAUAUGAUGAUCUAGUGGAGAUCAAUGAGCCAAUUCUUAUUGAGUCUAGUGAUCUAUCAAAAUGGCCUGCUCUAUCCAGGUGGAAUAUGUCCUAUCUUUCUAAGAAGAUUAAAGAGACGUCUUUUGUGAAAUGUUCAGACGAUUAUUUGACCUUUGACCCUGACGCAAAGUCACCUUUAAAACUGAACCUCUCAUUACCAUAUAAAGUAAAGAACAUGAGCAGUGACCUUUUCUUUGAUUGUGUGGGCGGGAACAGCUGCAACGAUACUUUUAAAGGUCACUAUUACUUUGGUCCUGUACCAGAUAAUUUAAAAAGUGACGUUACACCACAGAGUUUCUUAUAUCGAUCUGAGGAGGACCUAUCAGCUGCUAAACAGUAUGUCUGGAUCUCAUCUCCUGGCAUGAUAACACACGGACAUUUUGAUCAGGACUAUAACCUUUUCACACAGAUACUUGGAACCAAAAGGUUCACGUUUUGGUCUCCGUCCCAACACGAGUCCCUUUACAUGUUUCCAAGGAUCCACCCGCUCUGGCACAAAUCAAGGAUUAAUUUUAGGGACCCAGAUGUAAAGAAAUUUCCUGCUUUUUCUCGCACGCAUGCCCUCCAGGUGACCGUAGGCCCAGGAGAUUUAUUGUUCAUACCUCCUUACACGUGGCAUUACGUUGAAACCCUCUCUCCCUCUGUCUCCCUCUCGACCUGGUCACAUGACUAUCACAUGUACUAUCACAUGAAUUCUGUGUAUGGCCAUGACCACAAGUUUGACCUUAUUGCGAGUCCAAAAGGUCAAAUGUACACACUAAGGCUUUACCUAGAUAUGUUGAUACAGAGUCUGUAUGGUUUUAACGAAACGACAACUUAUUUCGCAAGACUUCUGGCGAAUAGAUUUUCCGGUUUGGAGGAUCUGUUUCCGCCGGAAAAGGAAGACACGAGUAUCUGCGAGGGUAUCAAAGGUGAGAUCCCACUCUCCUAUCAUACCCACGGGUUUGUCAAACUGGAUGUACAAGUGAUAGGAGAGCAUUUUAAAGCUCUUCGUCCUGAGGUGAUGGAUAUUCUAUUUGGUAAUUAUGUCGAAGAGAUAGCAAGUCAAGUUGUUGGAGUCGAUAAAAUUUUGGCUUUCUUUCGCUAUUGCUUCCAAGGUCAGGCCUACACUGUGACCAGUCCGGACCAGGUGGAACACUCUUUGUGGGAUUAUCCUGAUUUGAAUGAAGGGAAGAACUAAUGUCUAUGCUUAUUUUUAUUAUUGUUAUUAUUGCCAUUUUCAUUGAAGAAAAUGUAUUAAAAAUGGAGA